AUGGGUUCACGAUGUGUGGUAGCCAUGGAGCUACUACUCGGUCCGCAACCACUAGUGCGGCCGGUAUUCACCCAACAUGGUACGGAAAACAUGGAUAUCGACGAGUGUGCCGACGGAAGAGAGCGAGCACAGAGUGUGGACAGCAGCGAGGGUGCAGAGUACGAUAGAAAAGAUUAUGUGGAGAUAAAAUACGCCCGUGCAUUGGACGCGUCAAAAAGCCCGGCAUCUGGUGAUGAAUCGCGGAUGGCCAGCGGCAACUAUCGAGCCGAAUUGAAACGCCCUGAUUUGAAAGGAAGCUUUCGAUGUUCGAUCUGUGCCAAGGUAUUUUGUCAUUCGUCAUCGUUGUCACGGCAUCGAAUGCAGGCUCACUUCAAAAGCUACAAAUGCACCCUAUGCCGUAAAGACAUUACCAGUAAGUUUACUCGAAGGUUCCGUUGA